AGUGAACAUAUUUUACAAAAAUGGAGAUGGAUCAGAAUAAAUUUGGAAAAAACAACGGCAAGAUAAUCAUCCAUAUUUACCAAGAGAUGGCGGUAGCGCACAGCGACAGGUUUACUUCGCGCCAACCUCGCUGUUUACAGAGGGCAGCUCGUACUCAAAACAAGGCUUCGUUUGGACAGCGCGAUUGCGUGUGUUAUUUUAUAUUGAAUAUUUUAAGGAUAACGAGGUUCCUGCAAACCAUCGCAAGGCCAUAAACGUAUCUGAAGUGACGUGUAAUCCUAAGUCCCGAAAUGGGUAAAAAAAGAGGAUCUCGUGUGAGAGAAAGCGACGAUCUUUUCUCGUCUGAAGAUGUUCCUGGUCCGAGCAGCCAAACCAGCGUAUCGUCACAACAAAACAUUAGACGGUCGACCCUCAGCGACUCACAGAUUAUGAGCUCGCAAAACGUGGAGGCGGAAAAGCAUACGGAGCUGAUUAGUGGCGUAAUAAGAUAUCUCUUUGCAGCAGAUCGAAAUAAGCUGCCUAUACAGAAAGCACAGAUCAUCAAAAAUGUACUAGGGGGAAAUGGCAGAAUAUUCCGUUUCAUUAUCGACAAAGUGAACAGCCAACUGUCCGAGGUAUUUGGAUACAAGCUCGCGGAAGUUGAGAGCAACAAGUUUAUACUGGUGAACGAAAUAGAAAACGAUCUUCCACAUCUCACUUUUCCCGACAGCCGUACGCAGGUGCUGUUGUAUCUCGUACUCGUACAUAUUUUCAUGUAUGGCGAAUCGUGCAAAGAGGAAGCACUAUGGGACUACCUUAAAAAUCUGGGUAUUGUAACGGAUGAUAACUUUCACCAUGAAUACUUUGGCGACGUUAAACAGCUGGUGACGGUGCAGUUUGUAAAUCAAAGAUAUCUUGAGAAGAAAAUAAUGGAUAAGAAUAAUCCAUCGCAAGUCGAGUAUGUAUGGGGACCCCGCGCGGAAAAUGAACUCACCUAUCGUUCCGUCUUGCAAUUUGUUGCAGAAAUAUACGGAUGUUCUAUGAAUAAAUGGAAGUUGCAAUACAAGACUGUUGUUGAGGCAGAACAAGCUUAAGAGGGAGAACAAGAUAAUUUAUUAUAUUUGCGCCAUGUUAAAAGAAGAAAGAAAACGGAAGGACAAGGUUACUCAAAUGUAUGAAUGUAUUGUCUUUUCUCUAUUUUUGUAGUACAAAAAUUUCAAAAACCUUUGAAUGCCAGAAAGUGUAUAAUAUUUUUUAUUCAACGUAUUUAAUUUAAACUAGACAACACAAACGCGCGCUUCGCGCGUGCCAUUUGCUAUCUAUAAAGAUUCACUGUACACAUAUA